AUGGAGAAGUUACCUAAUAAAGGUUGUAAAAGAUCAUUAUAUGAUGGCUUUUCAGAAGAAAUUAACCAUGAAGAGUCUACAUCUGCUCUUUCAAAUAAUAGAGAAACGAUGAACAUAGAUGAUGAGAAUUCAUCAAUUGAUGAAAACAUGAAUUUGAACAAACAUGAGUGCGAAGCUAAGCUUAAAGCAUUUGAUGAUGCAUUUGAAACAAUUUAUGGCAAUUAUGAAGUGAAUUUAACUCAAGUCCUGCAAAUAAUUGAAGAAUUGAAAGUAAAUUGUAUACAAUUGGUAAAUUUAGUUAAGACUCAAAUCAAUCCAGCUGAAGUUGAAAAGUUAAGAUCUGAAUUACAUUUACUGGAAAACAAAUAUCUUAAUACUAUAAAUGAGUUACAAGUUGAAGUCACAAAAUUAAACUUGCAACUCAAACAGCAAUCUACAUUUAGUUGUAUGAUUGGGUCUACAUUUUGUUACUCUUUGUUGAAAGCAACUCAAACAUCUUCAGCGGUUGAUAUGGUUUUACAAGAAGAUUCCAUAAAAAAUUUGGCUCAAUUAAUAACUAAAAUGCUUAGUUCUUUUAUUCAAACAUUUAAUAAAAAAAUGCCAUCAAUAAAAACAAAUGAAAUGAAAUUUGUGUUACAUUUGAUACGAAUAGUAGCUAACCUAUCAACCACAGAAAGUGGCUGUCAUUUUUUAUCACAAGUUAAUGAUGGAAUUAAUAUUGUUAACCUUGUUGUGUCUUUGGUAUUCUACACACCUCCUUCACAUGGUAUUUUAAAAAAGGCUGCUUAUACAACAUUGUAUAAUGUGAGCAAUAAAUUUAAUGGAUACUCACUUAUGGAAAACAAUAAACUUAUACAAACAUUAAAUAAUGACAUCAAAUUAGUACCUAGCAAGGGCAAUAACAAUAUAAUAUUGUUAUCUUUAAAUUUGCUACUUUCCCUAACUGAAAAAAUUAAUAAAUCAAUGUACACAAUUCUUAAGAAUGAAAUAAAUUUACAAGAAAUACUCAAACUAACAAGGUAUACAGAAACAGAAUCAACAGCUAGAAAAAUAUUUAAUAACAUUAAUAUUGCAAGUGAAAAAUAUAAAGAUGAGUCUGAAUAA